CCAGUUUGCGGAUCUCAGUGGGUUGGCCAAGAGCCCCUGAAUUCUGAUCAGCCCACUCAGAGUCCAUCUUCCUUCCGUCCUCGCCCGGUGCCUAGUCUCCAGGUACGCUACGGCAAGGUGUGGAGCGACUACGUGGGCGGCUCCCAGGGGGACCUGGAGGAGAUCUUCCUGCACCCUGGGGAGUCCGUGAUCCAGGUGUCUGGCAACUACAAGUACUACUUGAGGAAGCUGGUCUUCGUGACAGACAAGGGCCGCUACCUGCCUUUUGGGAAAGACACAGGCACGAGUUUCAACGCUGUCCCCUUGUACCCCAACACUGUGCUGCGGUUCAUCAGUGGCCGCGCCGGCGCCCUCAUCAAUGCCAUUGGCCUGCACUGGGAUGCCUACCCCAGUGACUGAGGCAGCUGCUGAUCCUCAGCUCGUCCCAGGCCCCGCCCGCAGUGGGGGUGUUGACAAAGUCUUCACCGCUAACCUCAUCCACAUGGCAAAAUAAAAACAAUAAAAAGACCUAG